AUGAGCUUGACCCUGGAAAUAGAGAGGCCGUUGCUCAUGGACAUUACAUUUGUUGCGGAUUACGGCUCGCACACUGUGAAACAUGCAUGUUUUUCUAAAUUCGACAAGACACUGGGGGUUGACGUUGGUGUGAGCGAGACGCCUAGCGUGGCGUAUGUGGAAGAUGCUCUGGACAUUGUGCUCCUUGGACGACACCUUGCAGAAUUGCUCUCAAACUCCUGUCCCGAAGACUCUGGCUUAACGCUUUCGCUGCUUACGGAUGUGCUGCUUCCGCAGCGGAAGCGGGAACUUAUUUUAAAGUGUUGUUUUGAGUAUUUAGAUGCCAAGCGUGUUUUUCUAGGUUACGCGGCGGCAACAGCUCUUUUUUCUGCAGGGGAAACAACUGGGAUGAGCAUCGACGUUGGGUACUGUGGGGUGCGUUUUGUGCCUGUUGUGCAUGGCAUUGUUCAAACCUCUCUCUGUGCUGCUGUGCAGUCGGUAGGUGCUCGAGCCACAGACUGUGUCUUGAGUCGUUAUCUUCCAGAAGCGGAGGAGCCGCUUCUUUGGGCGUUGAAGUCAUCCGCGUGUUGGGUGGGUGAGGAGGCUGUCGCGCUACCUUCGCGUCUGACACUUCCUGAUGGCAACAGUCUGCCGUUCCCGCUUAGUUAUGCUGUGUGCAAGGAGGCCGGGGAGGCCUUGCUGUUUCACACACCCCAUAUUAGUGCUCCUUUUGCUGUGCACCACGCAUACCAAAAGAGUUUGAUAGAGUUCUCUUCCCUAAAUCAGUGGGUGCUUGUUGGCGGUGCCUCGGUUGUGAGGGGGGUACGAGAGGUGUUUCGUGGCGCACUGAGUCAUGCCGUGUCACCGUCGCACGUUACUCCGCGUCGGUUGCAGGUCAAAGCGCCAAUGCAUGCAGCACUCUCAGGUGGUGUUAUUGUUUCACAACUGAGUAGCUUUAAGGGCAUGUGUGUCCAUGCAGCGGAGUACGCGGAGGAGGGGCCGCACCGUUGCAUUCACCUUAAGGCUGUCGAUGGGAGGUGA